AGUUACUCGAAUGCAGCCGAACUAAUCGGAGGUGAAAAAAGAAUUGAAACUUCAAGAUGUCUCCCACGCAGGGCGAUCGGUGAAAAAAGUGAAAACGCGGAAAAGGAUCGCAAAAUUAGCGAGCCGCAGCUUGGAAAAGUGGUAGUGUAGUGGGGAAUAUGCGUGGAGCAGCCCCAAAGCAGUCGCAGUGCAAAGAUCAGUGCAUUUAGUGCAAGUGAAAAAUGAAGAAAUGUCAAGUCAACCGUUAAACGGUACCGCAAAGUUACGGUUUCGUCAUCUCUCUCCUUUCCACGGAGUCGUUUGGCUACACUGGGAAAAAAUUGUGUCGCUGUGAUAUAUAAAAAAAUAUAAAAAUAUGGAAAAUGUGCAGGAAAUGUCGAGAUCAGAUCAGAUCGUUUCGUUUCCAUAAAUUAAUUGCAUACUGCAAUGUCCUGUUCGAGAAUGGAAGUUAUUUGGAUGUUGCCAGUUGAAAUUGACAUCUCUCCAUUUCCCCUCCCUCACCAACCCAUCGACACCUUCCAAAAUCACCGAGCGAACUCUCCCGGUUGCCGUCGGGAAUCAGUUACUCGAAUGCAGCCAAACUAAGCGGAGGUGAAAAAAAAAGAACUGAAAAAGCAAGAUGUCUUCCACGCAAGGCGAUCGGUGAAAAAAGUGAAAACGCGGAAAAGGAUCGGAAAAUUAGCUAGCCGCAGCUUGGAAAAGUGUAAGUGUAGUGGGAAAUAUGCGUGGAGCAGCCCCAAAGCAGUCGCAGUGCAAAGAUCAGUGCAUUUAGUGCAAGUGAAAAAUUAAGGAAUGUCAAGUCAACCGUUAAACGGUACCGCAAAGUUACGGUUUCGUCAUCUCUCUCCUUUCCAAGGAGUAGUUUGGCUACACUGGGAAAAAAUUGUGUCGCUGUGAUAUAUAUAAAAUAAAUAAAAAAAAUAUAAAAAUAUGGAAAAUGUGCAGGAAAUGUCGAGAUCAGAUCAGAUCGAUUCGUUUCCAUAAAUUAAUUGCAUACUGCAAUGAUCGCGUUGGCAGUCCUGUUCGAGAAUGGAAGUUAUUUGGAUGUUGCCAGUUGAAAUUGACAUCUCUCCAUUUCCCCUCCCUCGCCCACACAUCGGGAACAUUGCCUCUUUCCAAAAUCACCGAGCGAACUCUCCCGGUUGCCGUCGGGAAUCAGUUACUCAAAUGCAGCCGAACUAAGCGGAGGUGAAAAAAAAGAACUGAAAAAGCAAGAUGUCUUCCACGCAAGGCGAUCGGUGAAAAAAGUGAAAACGCCGAAAAGCAACGGAAAAUCAGUGAGGCCCAGCUGGGAAAAGUGUAAGUGUUGUGGGGGAAAGGCGUGGAGUAGCCCCAAAGCAGUCGCAGUGCAAAGAUCAGUGCAUUUAGUGCAAGUGAAAAAUGAAGGAAUGUCAAGUCAACCGUUAAACGGUACCGCAAAGUUACGGUUUCGGCAUCUCUCUCCUUUCCCCGGAGUCGUUUGGAUACACUGGGAAAAAAUGUGUCGCUGUGAUAUAUAUAAAAUAAUUUAAAAAAUAUGAAAGAUAUGGAAGAUGUGCAGGAAAUGCGAAGAUCUUGGAUACUGGAUUUAAUUGGAUACUGCAAUGAUCGCGUUGGCAGUCCUGUUCGAGAAUGGAAGUUAUUUGGAUGUUGCCAGUUGAAAUUGGCAUCUCUCCAUUUCCCCUCCCUCACCCACCCAUCGCCGCCUUCCAAAAUCACCGAGCGAACUCUCCCGGUUGCCGUCGGGAAUCAGUUACUCGAAUGCAGCCGAACUAAGCGGAGGUGAAAAAAGAACUGAAAAAGCAAGAUGUCUCCCACACAGGGCGAUCGGUGAAAAAAAGUGAAAACGCCGAAAAGCAGCGGAAAAUCAGUGAGCUCCUCCUGCGGAAAGUGUAAGGGUUGUGGGGGAAAGCCGUGGAGCAGCCCCAAAGCAGUCACAGUGCAAAGAUCAGUGCAUUUAGUGCAAGUGAAAAAAUAAGGAAUGUAAAGUCAACCGUUAAACGGUACCGCAAAGUUACGGUUUCGACAUCUCUCUCCUUUUCCCGGAGUCGUUUGGAUACACUGGGAAAAAAUGUGUCGCUGUGAUAUAUAUAAAAUAAAUAAAAAAUAAAAAAAAAAGGAAGAUGUGCAGAAAAUGCCGAGAGCAGAUCAGAUCGAUUCGUUUCCAUAAAUUAAUUGCAAACUGGAAUGUCCUGUUCGAGGAUGAAGGCUUUUUGGAUGUUGCCAGGUGAAAUUGUCGACAUCUCUCCAUUUCCCCUCCCUCGCCCACACAUCGGGAACAUUGCCUCUUUCCGAAAUCACCGAGCGAACUCUCCCGGUUGCCGUCGGGAAUCAGUUACUCGAAUGCAGCCGAACUAAGCGGAGGUGAAAAAAAGAACUGAAAAAGCAAGAUGUCUUCCACGCAAGGCGAUCGGUGAAAAAAAUGAAAACGCCGAAAAGCAGCGGAAAAUCAGUGAGGCCCAGCUGGGAAAAGUAUCGCGUUGGCAGUCCUGUUCGAGAAUGGAAGUUAUUUGGAUGUUGCCAGUUGAAAUUGGCAUCUCUCCAUUUCCCCUCCCUCACCCACCCAUCGCCGCCUUCCAAAAUCACCGAGCGAACUCUCCCGGUUGCCGUCGGGAAUCAGUUACUCGAAUGCAGCCGAACUAAGCGGAGGUGAAAAAAGAACUGAAAAAGCAAGAUGUCUCCCACGCAGGGCGAUCGGUGAAAAAAAGUGAAAACGCCGAAAAGCAGCGGAAAAUCAGUGAGGUCCUCCUGCGAAAAGUGUUAGUGUAGUGGGGAAUAUGCGUGGAGCAGCCCCAAAGCAGUCACAGUGCAAAGAUCAGUGCAUUUUAUGCAAGUGAAAAAAGAAGGAAUGUAAAGUCAACCGUUAAACGGUACCGCAAAGUUACGGUUCCAUCAUCUCUCUCCCUCCUUUCACCGAGUCGUUUGGGUGCACUCAGAAAAAAAAGUGUAGCUGUGAUAAAUACAAAAUAAAAAUUGAAAGAAAUGGAAGAAGCGGGGGAAAUGCCUUGAUCAGAUCACGUCGAUUCGUUCCUAAAAUUUAAUUGCGUACUGCAAUGAUCGCGUUGGCAGUCCUGUUUGAAAAACAAGCAAGUGAAAAGUCUAAAAGUGUGCCCUUCAAUAAAUUAACUGACUAUUAUGACAUACUCAUUUUUUGAGUGUAUUGGGUUUUGCCAACCAACGUUGAAGCACCGUUAUGAUUGCUGCAGCAUGAAUGUUAGCGGUUAUCGUUUUACUUUGAGUUUGUUUUCUUCACUUUUUUGGCGGCAAUUAUAUGAUCGCUCUUUCGGGGACCGUUACAAUGCAGAAAGGUCACUGCUGCCUGCUGUUCAUUGUACUCACCUCUCGUUCGCACUCUUAGGAUGGCUCUUGCUUGCCGUUUCGCUUGCACUCACUGCUCAGUUGCUGGUCGGGCGCUGCUGCUGCAACUGUUACAACAACAACCACUACUGCAGCAACUGCAACUGCCACGACAACAACAGCAACAACAACAACACGAAAAAGAGUUCGAUGGUGCCAAGAGGCCAGCGACGGGCACAGAAAUCCGUCGGAAGGCCAUCUGGCUGCUGCUCAAAGAUCCGGACACGCGAUCCGGAUCCGAACUUGUGGGACACUUGAUAACCUUUAACCCAUUACGUCGCAAGGGAAGUAAAUAAAGGAUAAUCUAUAAUAUUUAGUUAGAACCCAAAGUGGAGAUGCCUUCGAUCUGAGGCCCAUCCAAGAUCGCUGAAGCAAUGAUCUGGACUUGGGCUUCGUCUCCAGAUCCGUAUCCAUAUACGUGUCCUUCUCCAUAUCCAAAUCCAAAUCCGCAUCCUUCUCCGUGUCCUGUCGUCGCCAGGAGCAACAGCAGCAACAGCAGCAGCCAACAACAGGUACAACGUCCGUAUCUUUGAUGCCUGGCAAUUGAAGCUAGAGGAAUAGCAGCUGUAUUAAAAAAAAAAAAAAAACAACAGGACCAGGAUCUGGAGCAGAAGGAACUGGACUGAGGAAACGAAGUGGCGGCGACUCGGCUUUGCGCGAUGCAAGCAAACAGCAGCCGAUCCAAUCUAAGCGCACAAUCCUCGGGCACGCCAUCGGCCUCAACGAUCUCCUCGUCCCAGGGCAAGCAACAAGUUGUCGAACUAUCGGGCUAUGUCAUCAUACUCGUCGAGAAUGUGGAGGGUAAAAUUAAACUAUACGGCUCACCGCCCGAUCGCGAUAAUCUGGAAGUGGGCGAUGAGAUACUCGAGGUCAAUGGCCUGACCCUGGAGAACAUAUCCCGCACGGAGGUCAUUCGACACAUACACGACUGCAUUAAAUCCUGUACCAUUUGUCUCCGCGUGCGAAAAAAGAAUGAUUCUCGACUGGCCUGGGACAUUGGCAAUUCGGUGCAGGACGCCUUCGUUAUUGCCGUUGAGGAGCACGCCCGCGAGCGUUUGCAGCGUUUGGCAGCCUUGAAUCGUGUCACACCCGUCGAUAUCACCCAACUGUCCAAGAAGCUGCAACAGACGAAAAGCGGAACGGUGACCAGUCAGCGUCAGGAUUUAAGCUUCCUAAAUGAAUCGACACCCAUUUAUGUGACAUCCUUCACCAGCAAUCAGAUCACCUGCAGCAGCUCCACAAUGACAACGGCCACCGCCGGCGGUCCGAUAAGUGCUCCAUCGCUUGCGCCAACCACGGCCACCACCACAGUGCCAACGGCCAGCUCCACCUCUGCAACGCCAGCACCCAGCCAGGUGGUCACCCAGGUGGUGGUGGAGCAGGGUGCAUCGGCGCUGGUCAGUGCCGCUGUUGCGGCAGCCACGGCCGCGGAUCGUAAUGCGAAUAGCACAACAUCGGCGGCAAUGAAGCAGGCCUCGGCGGCCUCUGUUGCCAGUAGCAGCAAUGCCGUUAGUACCGCCAUCAGUACCGGCACCAGUACGAGUACAAGUACCAGCAGUGCCACAGGUCACAUCUACCAGACUAGCCAGGCGCAGCAACAGCAGUUGCAGCAACUCCAACAGCAGCUUGCAGCAGCAGCAGCGGCGGGCAAACCCUUGCAGGCUAAAUCACUUCUAGCCAGCAGCUUGCAACAUCUGGCCGAGGAGGUGGACAACGAGGAUCUGGACGAUGAUGAUGAUGUGGAUGGGGCCAAUUAUUGCGGCAUCACAUACAUUAGCUACAACAAUAAGCAUGCCCAAUUGCCGACAACAACGCAUCCGGCGACCACGGCAUUGCCCACGGCAGCAGCAACAUUGGCCACCACAGCGGCAAUACAUCAGCAUCGGCACAGUGGUCAUUCCAUCCAAUCGCUGAAUCGACCGGCUCCAUUACAGCUAGGUGCUGCAGUGAAUCCUUGUUUUGUGGAUGCCCAGACGUCCACAUCGCCACUGCUGGCCACCACCGGGGAUAUGGGUGCAGCUCCUCCUUCACAACCGCCGGGAACGGAACAGCAGCAGCGGGAACAAAGAGGUCAUGUCCAUGGAACCACUACACCCAAGACGGAAUAUUCCACCGCCAUUUCCAGUGGACAACUGCAGCAGGCUUUUGCCGAAUUGCAGCUUCAUUCGAGCAACAAUAAUGCUGCACAGCAGCUGCAACAGCAGCAGCAGCAGCAACAUCUACUCCUAAGCAACAACAAUAAUAGCAAUAAUUCCAUGGCAGCAGCACAAACAGCUACGCUAAUGAAGAAUUGUGAUCUGCUGAUAUCGAACAAUCUGUAUCCACCGAGAAGAGAGUUACUAGACGACGUCAUAGUCCACCAGGCCAGUGAUGUGCAUGCGUAUAAUACAAGUGCCACAGCAACAUCAGCAACUUCAAGUGGCAACAACAGAUCGCAACAGCAGCAGCAGCAGCAACAAUUGCUGAGUGCCGCCUACGAGUUGCAGCAACAGCAGCAACAGUUGCAACUGCAACAGCAGCAAAACAGUCCCACAAGUAGCAUAUCAAUAGGAAGAACUGAACUUUUAUUGGGCGAUCAGAGUUUGCGACUGGAUUCCAAAGGGAAUCGCCGGCGUUCCGGUUCAAGCAUCGUUGUGUUGGAUGGUGACGAUCUAAAGCCAUGUCUGCCGGAUGACUACAUAAGCGGCCAGCACCAUCAUCAGGUCCACCAGCAGCAGCAGCAGCAACAAUCGCUGCCGCAAUCGUUGCAAUAUCCUCCCUACCAGCAUCAGCACUAUCGCACGCAUUCGGGCGACAUCAGGGAGAUUGACCAGGAAAUGCUGACCAUGCUGUCCGUGAACCAAGAUAACGGUCCUCACCGCGAAAUGGCCGUCGAUUGUCCGGACACGUUCAUUGCACGCAACAAGACGCCACCCAGAUAUCCGCCACCCCGUCCACCGCAGAAGCACACGAAAAGCACAACCAAGAACACCACCACCAACACGCACAACAACACCAACACCAAUAUUACCACUACCAUCCAAAAACAUUAUCCAUCAAGUAUGACUAACAAUGAUCAUGCUAACAAAUUGUUAAUUGUUGCAUAUCAUUCUUCACAUCAACAUGAACAACUACAACUACAACAACAACAACAACACUCACCAUCAAAUUCAACAACAAUAUCAACAACACCAUUUUCACUCGAUGUGGCCACACAAAACAUGUACAAUCAAAAACAACAAAAUAAAUUGGAACAAAUUGAAAACUACGAAAACUGCCUGGAAUCGGAACAACAACAACUUCAAUUGUGCGAACAGAAGCAACAGCAAUUACAAUUAGUGACUGCAACAGCAACCACAACAACUGCAGCAUCGGCAAUAGCAACACAAAUCGCACAGCAGCAAACACCUAGCAACAAAUUGCAAGCAACCCUGAGCAGCGAUCCCAAUGGCAACAGCAACAGCAACAGCCUUAUGAUCAACAACAGCAGCAACAGUAGCAGCCUCACGGAGGAUUUUCUGGAAGGAUUAUAUCAGCGCAAGGACACAGCCUCGCCCUCAUCGAGCGCCUUCGAUGAGGUGAUGAGCAAACACACACUGGACUCCUUUGGCAGCAUCGCCUAUCGUCACCUGCAGCAACAGCAUCAGGCCACGAGCAACGGCAACAGCAGCAGCAGCAACAGCAACAGCAACAGCAAUAGCAACAGCAACACAAAUGGAAAUACCAGCAGCAGUGGCAGCAGCAACACCAACUCCAACUCCAACUCGAGCAGCAGCAACAGGAAUCUGAGCAAUCCUGGCCAGACUCUGGUGACCACCAGCAACAGCAACUCGCUAAACAGCAGCAACAGCUCCAUGCAUACGAGCAAUAGCAGCAACAUGGAUAUGGUUAGUGUUACCAGCAGUUCCACAGUGCCAGAUGACCUCAGUUUGGCACCACCUGGCUAUGAGGUGAGCCAACAGCAACAGCAGCAGCACCACCAGCAGCAACAGCACCAACAAAAGCCAGAUAAAGCUGGUGCUCCUGUGGCAGUGUUGCUGCCACCACUGGCCAAGCAUCGCGAACUGCCUGUGGAUGUGCCGGACAGCUUCAUUGAAAUGGUGAAGGUACCGCCGCGAUAUCCACCACCAGCUCAUCUCUCCUCGCGUGGAUCGCUGCUCUCCAAUGGCAGUGCCUCCACUGCCCAUACCACGCUCUCCUCGCUGGGCGUGUCCGUGUCGCCUGUUGCUGCAGCAACAUCUGCAGGAGCAACAUUGGCAAGUUGCACUUCCCAUGUUGCUGGCAGUAGCGACUCGAAGAGGGUGGCCGAUGAGCUCAAUGGGAAUGCAAAACCUGUGCCACCGCCCAGGGAUCACCUGCGGGUGGAGAAGGAUGGGCGCCUGGUCAACUGCUCACCUGCCCCCCAAUUACCGGAUCGUCGGGCUCCAGGUAAUGCCAGCAGCGGUAGCAACUCUGGUCCACCGUAUCUCCAUCCGCAUCCGCUUCAGCAUCCACUUCAGCAUCAGCAACAGAUCGCUCAGAUUGUGGAGCCAACGUUGGAGCAAUUGGAUAGCAUCAAGAAGUAUCAGGAGCAACUACGCCGUCGACGUGAGGAGGAGGAGCGCAUCGCUCAGCAAAAUGAGUUCCUGCGGAACAGCCUGCGCGGCUCAAGGAAGCUCAAGGCACUGCAGGACACGGCCAACCUGGGCAAGGUGGUGGCCCAGCAGCAGCAGCAGCAGGUGACACAGGCCACACAGGUGGGCGUUGAGAAUGAGGCUUACCUGCCCGAUGAUGACCAGCCGCAGGUGGAGCAAAUUGAUGGUUAUGGCGAACUGAUAGCGGCCCUGACCCGCCUCCAGAGCCAGCUGAGCAAGAGUGGCUUAAAUGCUUUGGCUAGUCGCGUUUCCACGGCUCACAGUGUCCUGGCCAGUGCCAGUGUGGCCCAUGUCCUGGCCGCCCGUAGUGCCGUGCUCCAGCGCCGUCGUUCCCGCGUCUCUGGACCUUUGCAUCACAGCUCCCUGGGACUGCAAAAGGAUAUUGUGGAACUCUUGACGCAAUCGAAUACAGCGGCGGCCAUUGAGCUUGGCAAUCUACUGACUAGCCACGAAAUGGAGGGUCUACUGUUGGCCCACGAUCGGAUAGCUAAUCACACCGAUGGCACGCCAUCACCGACACCAACGCCUACACCGGCAACGGCGGCAGCGGCGACGACAGCGACAGCUUCAGUGGUUGGAGCCACUCUUAGCGGUCACAGCAGUCCAGUGGCCGGACCAAAGCGUAACCUAGGCAUGGUAGUGGCACCACCGGUGGUGCCAUCACCCCUGGCGCAACGUGGAGCAAUGCCAUUGCCGCGUGGCGAAUCACCACCACCGGUGCCCAUGCAGAUGCCCAUGUCCCUACCGAUGAGCGCCUGCUUUGGCACUCUGAACGAUCAGAAUGAUAACAUCCGGAUCAUACAGAUUGAGAAGUCAACGGAGCCACUGGGAGCCACCGUACGCAACGAGGGUGAAGCGGUGGUUAUUGGACGCAUUGUGCGUGGCGGAGCGGCUGAGAAGUCCGGCCUCCUGCACGAGGGCGAUGAGAUUCUCGAAGUUAAUGGCCAGGAGUUGCGUGGCAAGACGGUGAACGAGGUGUGCGCCCUGCUGGGAGCCAUGCAGGGCACUCUAACCUUCCUGAUUGUACCAGCGGGAUGUCCACCUGGAGGUGUUGGCAUGCUGGGCGGCGGUGGAGUUGUCGGUGGCAUUGGUAACACCACGUUAGCCGGCUUGGGCGGAGCGCAUCGUGACACUGCUGUUCUACAUGUCCGAGCGCACUUUGAUUACGAUCCGGAGGAUGAUCUGUAUAUACCAUGCCGUGAGCUGGGCAUUAGCUUCCAGAAGGGUGAUGUCUUGCAUGUGAUCAGUCGCGAGGAUCCCAACUGGUGGCAGGCGUAUCGGGAGGGCGAGGAGGAUCAAACACUGGCCGGCCUUAUUCCUAGUCAAUCGUUUCAGCAUCAGCGUGAGACCAUGAAGCUGGCCAUUGCCGAGGAGGCGGGAUUGGCAAGGUCCCGUGGCAAGGAUGGAUCUGGUAGCAAGGGUGCCACCCUGCUCUGUGCGCGCAAGGGACGCAAGAAGAAGAAGAAGGCCAGCUCCGAGGCGGGUUAUCCUUUGUACGCCACCACGGCACCGGAUGAAACGGAUCCGGAGGAGAUACUCACCUAUGAGGAGGUGGCCCUGUAUUAUCCCCGCGCCACCCACAAGCGUCCCAUUGUCCUUAUUGGUCCGCCCAAUAUUGGCAGGCAUGAGCUGCGCCAACGCCUGAUGGCCGAUUCGGAGCGAUUCUCUGCCGCCGUGCCACAUACAUCACGAGCCCGCAGAGAGGGUGAGGUGCCUGGCGUGGAUUACCAUUUCAUCACACGCCAGGCCUUUGAGGCGGACAUACUGGCGCGUCGUUUUGUGGAGCACGGCGAGUACGAGAAGGCCUACUAUGGCACAUCACUGGAGGCCAUACGCACGGUGGUGGCCAGCGGCAAGAUCUGUGUGCUAAACCUGCAUCCGCAGAGCCUGAAGCUGCUACGUGCCUCCGACCUCAAGCCGUACGUGGUGCUGGUGGCACCACCCAGCCUGGACAAGCUGCGCCAGAAGAAGCUUCGCAACGGCGAGCCCGUUAAGGAGGAAGAGCUCAAAGACAUCAUUGCCACGGCCAGGGAUAUGGAGGCCCGUUGGGGUCAUCUCUUUGAUAUGAUCAUCAUUAACAAUGAUACAGAGCGUGCCUACCAUCAGCUUCUGGCCGAGAUCAAUUCAUUGGAGCGGGAGCCACAAUGGGUGCCCGCCCAAUGGGUGCACAACAAUCGCGACGAGUCAUAAUGAUGGAGUGCCCGGCCCGGUUACCAUGGCGGGCAAUGCACCUGCACCCAAGCCCACACCCAGCCCCAACUCUUUGUAAAUACAAUUUUCAAUUGAGCCAUGAAGCGGAGAGAUCGAGAGAGAAGUAUUGACGCCCGUCUCCCGUCCAGUCCAGUCCUUGCGACUCCCCCACCACCAUUCCCACGCUCCAAUAUAAUAUAAUAUAAUAUAUAUAUAUAUUUAUGCUAUUCGUUGCAUUGUGCAUUUUAGUCUUAGAGCCGAAGGAGCGUUUUUAAUCACUGUUUGUUGUCCCCGCGAAUUGUUUAUUUUUUUUUCGAAAUGGCAUCAAGCUCCUAAAGUAUGUUCACAAAACUCCAUUUGUUCGAUGAACUCCAAUAAUAAUAUUAGAAUAUUAUUGUUUACCUGCCUACCAGCUAACUUUGCAAAAUGUAUAUUGUAAACAUUUUCGAUCUAUAUUAUUUGU